GACACUGGGAUCUCUGGAGGAACAUGAUGGCUUUACAAAAUGUUGUACAGAUGUGUUUUGGUGAAAACGUUGAUGUGCCUUCAUGUCCGAGAAGCCCUUUAACUCCCAGACAUGGUCCAGGACUUACAGAUGUGUUUGAGUAUGACCAAUGGCUGGCGGUCCGGCAUGAAGCCAGCUUAGUGCCUAUGCAGGAGGAUCUGUCUAUCUGGCUCAGUGGCAUGCUUGGAAAGGAAAUCAAAGUUGAGAGGUUCAUGGAAGAGCUUGAUAAUGGAGUGGUGCUGUGCAAGCUGAUAGGUAUUCUUCAACAGAAGAUAAAGGAAUGUAGAAACCAAGAGUAUAAAAAGCAUUUUACAAUGAGAAGUGUUCCCUGUAAGAAAGAUGCUCCAUCGGGGUCUUUUUUUGCACGUGACAAUACCGCCAAUUUCCUUUCCUGGUGCAGAGCAAUUCGUGUGGAUGAAACCUAUCUCUUUGAAUCUGAGGGAUUGGUUUUGCACAAGCAACCGAGACAAGUGUGUCUAUGCCUGCUUGAGAUUGGUCGGAUAGUGUCUUGCUAUGGUGUGGAUCCCCCGGUGCUGGUGAAGCUGGAGAAGGAGAUUGAGCUUGAAGAAACUCUUCUGAUUGCCUCUGAGCCAGUCAUUUCUUCUGUCGAAACCAAAAAACCUUGUUGCCAUAACAAAGAGCUUCAUGAAGCAGUUAAGACCAUUGCAGCAGAUCCUCCCUGUAACUGCUCUCACCGGUUUUCAAUUGAGUUUCUAUCUGAAGGACGUUACCGGCUGGGAGAAAAGAUUCUUUUUAUUAGGAUGUUGCAUGGAAAACAUGUCAUGGUACGUGUUGGUGGAGGAUGGGACACUUUGCAGGGCUUUCUGCUGAAGUAUGAUCCCUGCCGUGUCCUACAGUUUACAAAGCUCGAGGAGAAAAUCUUAUCUUUUCAGAAAGGCCUCAUCAAUGGUGCUGACAACAUUCCCAAGAGUGCAGGAAAGUCUCCCAAGCCAUCUGCCAUGAACUCGCCAUCAGUUGUUAAAAUGGCACAAUCCCUUUCUAAAUGCCCAGGUUCUCCUACCUCAGCACGGUUUGUUUCUAAGGCUGUACGUUCUCAACAUAAAUGUCCCUCAGCUUCACCUUUGACACCAAAGGUUGGUACAAAAUCUCAUCCGCAACUUGCUAAUCACUUACACCAUGUGACGCCACAAUUGUCCUCUAAACUGCCACAGUCUCCCCUUAACCUCUUCCGUUCUCCUGUUGUGAAAUCACAAUUGCCCUCCAAGCGUGCUGAAUCUCCAGCAAAAUAUUCAAAUUUACCUACUUCUAAAGCUGUACAGUCUCCUAAAUGCCACCAGACAGCUUCAAAGACACAAUCUAAGUUUCAACAUCUUCCGGUUAAAUGUUCUUCUGGUUUGGCAUCAGAUUUUGCUUCUAAGUCUCCACUAUCUGCUAAGCCACAGCGGCCUGCCUCUAGACUGGUGCAAUCUUCAGAUAAAUAUUCACGUUCUCCUGGUCCACCAUCACAUGUAGCCUCCAAAAGGCCACCUUCACCAGCUAAAAGCACUCAGUCUGGAUCAAUCACUCGUGUACAGAUGUCUACAAGAAUUAUGCAAUCACCAGGCAAGAAUUCGCCCUCAGCUGAGAAAAUCUCGAAGAUGUCCACUAAGGCUCAGUCGACUAGCAUCAAGAAGCAAUCUGGUGCCCCACCAUCAACUCCAAGGAUGCCGUUGGCGGCUGUCAAACUUCCACAGACUAAGGUGAAAACUCCCCAAACUUCAGUAAAAUCCGCUUCAGCUUCCCCCAAAAUACAGUUAACAAAAUCAGCUCUGUCUUCCCCCAGGAUACAAUCAGCAGUCAAAUCCGCACCAAAUACAGAGAAAGAUGCAAAGUACAUGCCUCCAAACAAAAUGGCUACAUCUUCAUCUCGUAGUGUUUUGGCUGUACCUUUGAGCAGGUACGCUCUGAAAUCCAGCAGUGAAGAUAGCUAUUUUGUUAUGAGUGGAAGUAAGAAACGAUGCAAGUAAAAGAAGUACAUGCACAUAGAUGGAGGAGAGGAGUGUAUUAUGUUCUGUAAAUAUGAAUGUAAUUUCUGGCCAGGAUGAAUGUAAAAUGAGUUGUGAAUUUCUAGAGGAAAAGAGCUACGUUUAUCUAGCCUGUAGAGAAUUCUUGCUUUGUUUUCAUUCUUUCUACCCCUUACAAGGUUAUAAAUGUUCUGAAAAUGUAUUUUAUUUUUGUCGUGUGGAGAUUAUUUAAAACUAUCUUUAACAUUUUUGGGGGGCAAUUUUAUUUUAUUUUCUUCGCCUCAGGUAAGCAUUGGGGCAUAUGAUACUUGCAUACGUGCUUGAAUAGCUUUAUUAAGUGGCUUAUUUCAUGUGUGAUAACAGGCUCUUUGACCGUGGCCACAUUACAGCCAAGUUCUGUUUUUUUUCUUCUCCCAAAAUCUACACACACACUUUUCCAGGAGGGUCACCAUCUAGAAUAUCAGGAGUAGGUAUCCUGGUAGAUCAUGUCUGACUGAGGGGUGAGAGGGUUGUAGAGAGAUAGAGAGAGGGAGAAUUAAUUGUAAAACUCUUGAGUGUUGCUCUGGCUAAAUUCAGGAAAGAGCAUGGACCCAAACAGCAAUCUUCUGACCUCUGGAAGUUGAUGCAGAAUCUAUAUCUCAGAAUCAUAGAGUAUUGCAGCACAGAAGGAGGCCAUUCGGCCCAACUUCUAAUUUUUAACUGAAAGCGAACUUUUCUUGAUCUGUCGCUUCUUUAAAAGUGAGGAAACCUAAAUGACACAGAUGUAGUUACAAGCAGUCAUGUUAAAAAAAACUGUAACACGGGGAAAAAGAAGUCCAAUUGGUCCUUCAAGCCCAUUCUUACCUUACUUUAAGCGGUCUGGGACAUUACAUCAUGUGAAGGGUGCUACCUAAAUGCAAGUUGUUGUUGUUACUCUACACCACCCACUCUUUUGCUUCCUGAGCAAAUCUAAGACCAGAAGUUGGAGAGGAGAAAAGAAUUUAAAGCAAAUUAUGGCUCUUUCCUCUGGUCCAUCAAAUUUCUACAUAAACAUGCUCUGAUCACCAAAGGUAUUUUAGUAUAUUCACUCAACCCCUAUCAUCUCCAUCGUCACAACCUCAACUGUGUCUCGAUGCCUGCACCCUCACAUUUAACAGCACAAGGAGCUUUAUGCCCUAAUUCUCAGAAUUUGAUCACCUCAGUUUAUAUCCUGAU